CCGAACAUAGCGGGGAGCUCCCCAGGCCCCAGUCGGGAGGACGCCCGGCCCAGAGUGCACAAGCCCGCGGGGCUUCCCUGCCCGCCCCACUCCUCGCUGCCAGCUUUUCCUCUUCGAUGUGUUCCCGCCGUCGCCGCGCGUCAGGCAGCCUCUUCCUCCCCCAACCCCCGCUUCCUCCUCCUCCUCCUCGCCUUUUAGUUUUCCCUCCUUGUCCCCAAAGAGCCGGCCACAACCACGACACACGACCGGCUGGCUGCAGGCCUGGUUGCCAUCUUUGCUCCCCCUCCUCCCAGCUUAGGAGCCGCGCGAAGCUGAAAUUCGGCACGAAGGAAGCUCCCCCGCUCCUGUUUCCUGAUUUUUGUCUGGUGGGCUUCGUAGGCGGCUGGCUGGUUAAGAUAAAGGCACCCAGUGAUUCGGGGAAAGGCUUGUUAGCCCGAGCCCGCCCCGUAUAGCAUCGUUUCCAAUAGACGAGAGCUGCUGAGCCGGAUGGAUUUAGGCUGCUGCGGUGUGUGUGUGUCAAUCCGUCUUCGUGCAUCAGGGCACCUAGGUUGGCAAAGCUGGUUGGUUGGUUUCCCCAGCUGCUGGGUGGGUGUCUGCUCUUUCCUCUGCGGCCCCCGCCCCAACCCAAUUUUAAUAAAUUAUUCUCACAGAAGAACUUUUGCCCCAAAUACUUGGUUUUCCUUCCAAGAAAAUGGAUGGGGAGCAUCACUUGCUCACAGACUGGCUAGAAGAUGUGAUAUUCUGAAUCGUGGACUCUCUGGCUAUAACACAAGGUGGGCGAAACUUGUCCUUCCGAGAUUGAUUGGUAAAGAUUCUGAUGCCGAGAACACAAUUGCAGUAACCAUCUUCUUUGGAGCCAAUGAUGGUGCUUUGAAAGAAGUGAAUCCUAAGCAACAUGUCCCGCUGGAUGAAUAUGCUGACAAUUUGAAGAAUAUGAUACAAUACCUAAAGUCUGUGGACAUUGCAGAGGAUAAAAUUAUUUUGGUAACGCCACCACCCCUCCAUGAAACAUCUUGGGAAAAAGAGUGUAUUGCCAAAGAGCUCUUCAAAGUUGGAGAAAUGAAUCAGAACAAGCCCCAUUUGGAAGGCGGAGCUGAUUGACUGAAAUCCAGACCUGCAGCACAAUCCAGAAGUGUUGAUAUGUGAGCAAAAGCAAGUCUCUGCAUCCAGAUCUCCUCUACCUGGAACAGAAAAGAAUACCGUGGAAAGGAAAGGGACUCUUCCCAUGCAAACCUGGAUGUGCACGAGAUAACCCUAUACUGUGUGCACAUCACUGCUCAGAUGCUUAGUACUUACCAUAUUUUGGGGAAUGGGAAGGGAAAUGUGUACCAGACUUUGAGCUGAUUCAUAGAUACCAAAGCAGUGUAAGGACUGAUUUCAGGGGUCUGGAUCCUACAGUUCUGUGGUAACCUAUUGAAGAAACUAGAAGCAUUGAAUAACUGCUGUGGUUCCUUUGCAUGUGAUAGCUGGUCAAGAACACAGCUCAGAUGCCACCCUCGCAACAUAGGAAUCUCCCUCAGCCUAAACGGUCAGGGUGUGUAUGCCUAACAAGUGAUCACAUUUACUGUCUGAGCAGUGAAUGGGUCAUUGACUAUGAGCAACUCAAGACAUCUGUGGAUUGGGACUUCUAUUGAUGAUUGCCUAGGAAAUAAAACAACAACUUUGUGACCUGAAUUGUGUGCUGUCCUGCUUCAUUGCUGGCGUCUCCAUUCUCACUCACUCCCACCCCCAAUUU